AUGUUUCAAAAUAAAAUAGAGUAAUCAAAAACAGCAUUCUUUUGGGAUGUAUUGAAAUGAUUUCAAAUUUAGAUUUUAUUAGGCACUUAUUCACCUUAAUUACCACAUCCCUCAUUUAAUGAAAUAAAUAAGACAUAAGUUGACUAGCCAUAAUAUCGUACUUUGAAAAUGGAUAUUCCACGGACUCGUUCUCAAUUACUAUAACCUUAAAUGCAUGGAAUUCUAGAAAAAAUAAUUGUUUUCUUUUGUUAAUAGGAAAAUAUUAGUUACAAAUAAGGAAUGAAUGAAAUAUUUGCUGUUGUAGCGGUCUUUAAUGAAAGUGGACUUUCAUGGGAAAAAGUAUAUGAAUAUGCUCGUAAAAUCAUACUUGAUAAUAAUUUCUUUAAAGAUGAAGAGUUCUUAUCAUUAUAAGUUGCAUUCUAAUGGAUUAAUUAGCUUCUUAAAUUUCAUGAUUUCUAAUUGUAUGAUUAUUUGGAUAAAAAUUUACUUUCACCAGAACUAUAUGCUACACCUUGGUUGUUAACUCUAUUUGCAAAUAAAAUGUCUUUAGAAUGUACUUAUUUACUUUGGGAGAUGUUAUAUAUCAAAAAGGAUUAAUUAAUGAUAUAUUAUUUUGUGAUUGCUGUUCUUAUUUUCUUUAGAGAGAAAUUACUUUCAAUUGAUUCAUCACUUUUACCAUAAACUUUAAGUGGAAUCUACAUUGAUAAUGUUGAAAUACUAAAAAACAUUUAUAAAAAGUAUACAUUAUAUUUAUAAAUAGAGCAGUUGAUUUAAAAUUAAAUACUCCUUCUUCUGCAUGUAUUCCUUCUAAAAUAUUUGAUUUACCAAAAGAAGAAUUAAAGAUUCUUAUGGAUUAUUAUUAAUAAUUAGAUUGUUUGACUCUUCAUUAUACAGAAUCAUUAAAACUUGAAACUAAUUAUUGUAGAUUAUGUUCAAAUAAUGGAUGUGUAUAAUGUAGAAUUGUAAGAAUGCCUCCUGAAAUGAAAUGCUUUAUCUAUUCUAACAAACAUUUAUAAGAAUUAGUUUAAUAUGUUGGAGGACCUAUUAAAUAAUACAAAUUAGUUGAUAAAAUUUAGAAUAAUUAAAAUUUCAUAUAGAUAAUUAAAUAUUCAAAGUUUUAAUCUGAUUAAUAGAUCAAACAAAGUUAUAUUUGUUUUUAAUAAUAAUAAUCAUGCUAUUAGAAUACUGAAGAAGAUACUACAAGUACAAGAUCUUAAAAUAGUUUAUAUAGUUCUUAAAUUAUAGUACCAUUUAAAUUUAAUAAAUUACAAUUACAAUAAUAAUUGUAAAAGUAACCAGAUGAACAAUUUGAUUCAAUUAGAUCACAAGAAUAAUCAAAUAGAUAAUAAUCUGUUUCAUAUAGAUAAUCAUCUAUUAUUGAAUGUAAUAUUUUACAAAAUAUACAUUUAAAUAAUACAUCUCCUAUUGAGAUUUAACCACUAAUUUUAAAGAAGGAUUCUAGAACUAAUUCAUUAAAAUAAGAUCCAAUAAAAAGAUAUGAAAAUAAAGGAUUAUUUAAAAAAAUGAUAAUAGAAAUAAAUAUAUUGAAUAAUAUUAAAUUUAACAUAUUUAGAUGCAAAUUAAUUGGUACUCAAAAAUAAAGAAUAUUAAUAUUAAAUUAAGGAUUCAUUUGUUUAGUUAAAGAAGAUAAAUAAAUGUUUUAGAAAUUAUAAGCAAUAUUAUAAUAAAAAUUAAAAUUAUAAUAAAAGACAGAAUAAUAGAAUUAAGGAAUUUAGAUUUAAUAUCUAUAUUAUAUGAUAUUUUUAAAACGAAUAAGUAGUAAAAGAUUAAAUAGUAAUGUAAUUUCAUUUUAUUUUAAAUAACCAAUUGUGAAUGUAAUAAUUUAUAUAUAAAAUAGUCAUAAUAAAAUAUUAACCAUAGAUUUUUUAAUUUAUUUAAGGAAUUUCAUAUGAAUAUAGAUAAUGAUUACAUAAAUGAAGCAAAAAGAAUGAUUAAAACAGAAUAUAAGAUAACUUUAGAAAUGUUAACAACUUAAGAAGCUUAAAAUUGUAUAGAAAUGGGUAAAUAAUAUUACAAGCAAUGUUAAUUUUGA